AAACACAAAUCAGUCAUCAUCCAUAUCCCACCAAUUUUCUCUAUCUACCCAAUUUAAGACAGACAGCCUUAGCUUUCUCUCCAUCUUCUCUAGCAAUGUCCAAAGCAAUUACUGUAAGAAAACAAGUAGCGGAGAAGAACAUAUUCAUGAAUGAAAAAGAGAAGCCAAGUAGCCAAGGCUUUUUCUCUAAACAUCUCAAGAAAAUCUACCCAAUUGGGUUGCACAGGAGUAAUUCUUCACUAUCUCUAUCAUCAGUAUCCUUGUCUUUGUCACAGAACUCAAAUGACUCUUCUCUUACUGAUUAUUCCACUCCACUUGAACACAAGAUAGCUUUAGCUCUUCGCCUGAUCACACCACUGGAAAGAAGAGAAAACCCAGUUGUCUCUAAGAAUGUCCAAAUCCAACAGCAGCAGCAGCAAAGCAAUCAGGAGAAUACUUGUGGAGAGUUGAAGAGGUGCAACUGGAUAACAAAGAACAGUGAUAAAGUGUACGUGGAGUUUCAUGAUGAAUGCUGGGGAGUUCCAGUCUACGACGAUAACAAAUUGUUCGAGCUGCUUGCCAUGGCUGGUAUGUUGAUGGACUACAAUUGGACUGAAAUUGUCAAAAGAAAACAAGUAUUCAGAGAAGCUUUUGCUGGAUUUGAUCCUAACGAUGUAGCCAAAAUGGGAGAGAAAGAAAUCACAGAGAUAGCCUCCAAUAAGGCAAUCAUGUUGGCUGAAAGCAGAGUAAGAUGCAUUAUAGACAAUGCCAAAUGCAUAGGCAAGAUUGAGAGGGAAUUUGGAUCAUUCAGCAGCUACAUGUGGGGGUAUGUGAAUUACAAACCAACAAUAAACAGAUACAAACAUCCAAGACAAGUUCCAUUGAGGUCCCCGAAAGCAGAGGCAAUCAGCAGAGAUCUUGUGAGAAGAGGAUUCCGGUUCGUCGGACCGGUGAUCGUGCACUCAUUUAUGCAAGCGGCAGGGUUGACGAUUGACCAUCUUGUUGAUUGUUUUAGGUAUGGUGAAUGUGUAAGCCUUGCAGAAAGACCAUGGAGGCACAUCUAACACUGCUUAUGUAAAUGUCUCUCAAGAAACAAUGUCUAAAAGUGAUGCCUUGCUGCUGCUGCUUCUUCUGCCGAGCACAUAUAUAACACGACAUCCUGAUUCCUCAAACUGUGUAAGAAAACAAACUGGAUAGGGAAAUAUGUCACUGGUCUAGCUUCCAGUGAUUUUUUUUUUCUUUAUUAUUUUUUUAUUGAUAAAAUGUUUUAAUCUUGUAUAUAUUUAACAAAAUUAUUUAUAUGCAUCAUAUGCUAGAUUACUUUGCACUGAUAAUAUAAGCCAAAUUGCUUUCUUUUC